GCAGCAGCAGCAACUGCAGCAGCAGCAACUGCAGCAGCAGGAGCUGCAGCAGCAGCAACUGCAGCAGCAGCAACUGCAGCAGCAGCAACUGCAGCAGCAGCAACUGCAGCAGCAGGAGCUGCAGCAGCAGCAACUGCAGCAGCAGCAACUGCAGCAGCAACAACUGCAGCAGCAGCAACUGCAGCAGCAGCAACUGCAGCAGCAGCAACUGCAGCAGCAGCAACUGCAGCAGCAACAACCGCAGCAGCAACAACUGCAGCAGCAAGAGCAACAGCAGGCUCUCCCGGAUACGACGGAUGACCUCGCCUUUGCUAUUUCGCUGCUGCUGCAGGAGGGGCAGCAGCAGCAACGAUCGCUGCUGAUGGUCCCGCCAGGCCACGAAGCAGAUCCAAAGACGCUGAAGCAGCAGCAGCUGCUGCUGCAGCAGUUGCAGCAGCUGCAGCAGCAGCAGCAGCAGCAAAGUGACGACCUGGAUCCGAAGCAACUUCUUCACGAACAAACAGUCUUCCUAGCGGCACUGCAGCAGCAAGACCUGCAGCAUCCACCUCUGCUGCUGCAGAACCAGCAGCAGCAGCAGCAACAGCAGCAGCAGCAGCAGCAGCAGGCUGGCUUUGUGCCAUGCACGCGAAGCAACAGCACGUGCGGCCGCACGACGAGCAUUUCAGGUAUGUCUGCAGCUCCGGUGGGCACCAGCAGCGGCGACAGGAGCAGCAGCAGCAACAGCAGCAGCAGCAGCUGCCAAGGGGACCAAGUGUUUGAUCUGCAGCUGCAGGCACUUCUUGCUGAAGCCAAAGGCGUUGGUUGGAACUACGAUUUAAACGACUUAGCUGUGUCGCAGCAGCAGCAGCAGCAGCAGCAGCAUGCGCUGCAGCCGCUGCAGAUCUUGCCGAACAGCAGCGGCAGCACGAGCAGCAGCAGCAGCAGCAGCAGCUGCAGCAUGGUCGACAGAGCAGCAGCACACCUGGAAACCCUCCCCAGACUGGGGUCACUGAGCAGCGCGGAUCACUGCACUGAUGCUACAGACGCACCAAGCAGCAGCAGCAGCAGCAGCUGCUGCUGCAGCAGCAGCAGUAGCAGCAGCAGCAGCCAUCAGGCUGCACAGAUAAACCAGGGCAGCGGCGGAGAUAGCAUUGGCGCCGCAGCAAGGUGGGCGACGGCCACCACAGGCAGAAGCAGCAGCAGCAGCUGCAGCAGCUGCUGCUGCAGCAGCAGCACCCCAGGCCAGAGGCUUUCUCGUAAGCAGCGGCGGUUGUUGCGCCAGCAGCAAGCAGAGGAGCAGCAGCAGCAGCAGCAUCCGGCGCAGCAGCAGCAGCAGCAGAAGCAAGGACAGCCGAAGCAGCAGCAGCAGCAGCAGCGGCUGUCCAAGUGCAGCACGAGUGAGCACGAGGGCUCUCGCUACGGCCCCGCCGACUGGGGCCGCCAGCACUACCUUCAGCAGCAGCAGCAGGAGCAGCAGCAGCAGCAGCAGCAGCAGCAGCAGCUGUUCCUGCAGCAGCAGCAAAUGGGCGUUUGCUAUGUCCCUGGAGUGCAUGCAACUCAGCCCCUCCCAGGGGUGUCUUGGCUGCUGCCGGGGCCCCCGGGGCCCUCCCCCAUAAUUGUGGGGGCCCCCUGCAGCACUUUGCACUCAGCUGCGCAUUCGGGGCCCCAAGCAGCAGCAGCAGCAGCUGCUGCUGCUGCUGCUGCUCCCACCACUGCUGCUGCUGCUGCAGGCGCUGCUGCUCCCCCGAGCUACUAG